AUGGUCAGCAACCUCCCACUCAGUUCAUUGACGCUGAAGCCACCUCCAGAUGGACUUCCAUGCAUUGGUGACUUUACCACGACCUGCAUUUCGUACUUGUUCUCUGGCUCCCGGCUGCACCGGGAGCCACUGGAUGUGAAUUUCAGUGAGGAGCAGCUAAAGGCUGCUGAAUACCAAGUUGUCGUGACCAACCUGUCGCACGACUUCAAGGAAGCCGUUUUGCACAUGCGAGACCAAAUCUCGGUGGGCAUGGAAGUGGUCAAUUCCUUCAUGACAAAACGCGCCAUGAUGAUUGUGGGUGACAAGAAUCAGGGCAGCUUGCCAGCGUUGCAAAGGCGCAUCAUCACUGACGCUACGAAUCGUUUCGGUGCCCCUACAGAGAUUGGCAAGAUGCACCACAUCGGCUUCUUGGAUUUCAGCAAGUUUGGCCGGCUGACCAUGAUUGACAUCAAUGCAGCGGUUGAUUGGGCAAAACAGGACAAAGAAGAAACGGCUCAGUGGGUGGCAGCUCCAGCAACGCUCAAGUCGAUAAUUGAAAGUUGCAUGAGCCGGGUUUCGUCGAUGAAAUCCCAGACCUGCAUCAUUCAUCACUUCACUGCCUACGAUGGAAACCUCGAGAAGGCAAGGUGGUCAAAAUUUGAGGUUUCAGCUUGUUGGAACAAGAUUAAAUUCCCAUGA